AUGGGAGAAAUACAAGUUAGCAAAGAAGACUUGAUUCAGCUGAAGACGCUGAUACUAAGCGAGCCCAUAUUCGCAGCAAUAUCAAAAACAUGCAAAUAUUGCACUAUGUUUAUGAGCAGUAUGAAGGAGCUCAAGCAGGAAUCAAAUCUGUUUAUCAUGAACAAGGACACACACGGUCUUCUAUUCGACAAACUACGACACGUAGUAAAAGAGGUGUACAAACACAGGACAGUGCCUAUAAUAUUCAUCAAAGGAAGGUUUAUAGGAGGAUUUAGCGAUUUCCAAAAGUACACAGGAAAUAUAAAGGGGCUCCUUGCUCUUGAAUCGCUUGAAAAGGCGUUGGUAUUCACAGAAGAAGGGAAAUUGUUAUGA